UUUGCGUUCUUCGCGUGAUUAGUAAACAUCUUAAAAAAUAUUUAAGAAUCCCAAACAAAAGUCACUUCUAUCCGUGCGGUUUCUCAAAGUCGAGAUACUUCCUCGAGUGAUCGGUAAAAACCAAACAGCAUUUCGAAAACCCUCUUACUCGAACCUGAAUUUUUAAUUUUGUCUAUGCAUUAGAUUCUUUGCGUGUUCAGCUUCUUCAUAUAGCCUGUGAUCGUUUGCCCUAUUUGAGCGUUAAAAAUAAUGUCAUAAAGCUGUAAUUAAAAUUGUAAAUUGCUUGUGAAAGAUUUAAUUAGCGGUGCGCGCUGACCUUGAGAGUGUUAAAUAUAUAGAUUUCGUUGCAUGAUAAACGAAUAUGUGGAAUUGUCUUUUUUUUAUAUGCUCCACGCUAUGGAGCCUGAGUCGUGCUAAUCCACAACUUAAUUUGCCUACACCACAGCCGGAGAUCUUCUACAAUGGCUACACGCCCAAUGUGGCCACAACUCCCGCCCAGCUAAGAGCAGAUCACGAUCGUAGCCAGCGCUUUGGGCCGCCCUAUAUGGAUGAUGGGGCUGGAGGCAGCGGCAGCAAUAGCGAUGAUGGACUGGACGACUUUAGGUAUGGUCAGACCUAUGAUGAGCGCAUGCGACUGGGUUACGCCUAUCCCACACCCCGACUGAAUUUUAGUGAUCGCGCCGAUGAUUCACCCUUCAGUGGGGAUCAAAAUCCCAGUCGUGGCCAAGAUAAUCGUUAUGCGAAUCACAAUUAUGGACCAACAUCUAGCAGCACCGAACGCAACUAUGGCAAUUUUAAUGAUCCGCCCAACAAUAUUAAUCAGAAUAAUGCACCUUACGCGGGAGUGAAUCCCAGCUACAACAAUCGAAACGAUCAAUAUAACUACAAUAACAAUCCCAAUGUGGAAUUUGUGGGGGUUAACAAUCGCAAUCGAUUUGAGAACCCCUAUCUAUCGAAUCAGGAUCGAUUUAAUCUCAACCAGGGCUAUCUGGAGCGUCAGCGCUAUCAACAGGAUCGUCGCUAUCAGCAGGAGCUGGAGAAGUUACGCAAUUUGCUGGUCGAAACGGAUCAGAAGGGUUCGCUCGAGUGCACCGCCAAUGUGGCGGCCCAAUGGAAUUUCGAGACAAACGUAAACGAUUUUACACAAACGGAAGCGCUAAAUGCCCAGCAACGUUAUGUGGAGUAUCAGCGCAUAACAGCCGAACAAUCGAAGCAUAUUAACAAGGAUCUCAUAUUUGAUCGACGUUUAUAUAGACAGCUGAUGUUGCAAUCUGAAGUGGGACCCAAUUCCUUACCCCUGGAUGUUUUGGACAGAUAUAAUCGCUUGUUGAACGAAAUGCUAUUCUUGUAUAACGAUGCCAGCAUUUGCGCCUAUCAGCAGCCUUUUCAAUGUGAUUUGCGCUAUAUACCCCAUCUCAAGGAUAUUAUGGCCAAGAGCAGAGAUUGGGAUGAGUUGCAGCAUACUUGGGUGGAGUAUCAUCGCAAAGCGGGGCGGGGCAUGCGCGAUAACUACGAGCAAUUGAUUGACGUCAUGCAGGAUGUAGCCUCAGUAAACAAUGUUACCAAUGGCGGGGAGUAUUGGUUUUUGGCCUAUGAAUCAGGAAACUUUCGCCAGGAUAUGGACAUUGUGUGGGAGCAGAUACGUCCGCUGUACGAAAGCCUGCACUCAUAUGUGCGCCGCAAGCUGCGAGAUUAUUAUGGACCAGAUCGCAUUAACCGCAUUGCGCCCAUACCCUCCCAUAUAUUGGGCAACAUGUACGGACAGUCCUGGUCGAAUGUGCUGGACAUACUUAUACCCUAUCCGGGUCGCAAGCUGAUUGAUGUUACACCGCGCAUGGUGGAACAGGGCUAUACGCCGCUGCUAAUGUUUCAGUUGGCCGAGGAGUUCUUUACCUCAAUUAAUAUGUCCGCCGUGGGACCGGAUUUCUAUAGAAAUUCGGUGUUUGAGCAGCCGCUGGAUAGGCGCAUCCUCUGCGAGCCAUCCGCCUGGGAUUUUUGCAAUCGUCACGAUUACCGUGUGAAAAUCUGCACGGACAUCAAUCAACGCAGUCUGGUUAGCGUGCAUCAUGAGAUGGCGCACAUUCAAUACUUUCUGCAAUAUCGCCAUUUACCCAAGAUCUUUCGUAAUGGUGCCAAUCCAGCUUUUCAUCAAGCAGUGGGCGAUGCAAUUGGCCUGUCCGUCUCCACACCAAAGCAUUUACAGACUUUGGGACUACUGCAGCGAUCACUGGAUGAGUCGAGCUAUGAUAUUAACUAUUUGUUUACCAUGGCUAUUGAUAAGGUUGCCUUUUUGCCCUUUGCCUUGGCUUUGGAUAACUGGCGUUACGACGUCUUCAGCGGCAAUGCCAAUAAGAGAGUUAUGAAUUGUCACUACUGGAAUUUGCGUGAAAAGUAUUCUGGUAUUAAGCCACCUGUCUUACGAUCGGAAAAGGACUUUGAUGUUGGCGCAAAAUAUCAUAUACCGGCAAAUAUACCCUAUAUUAAAUACUUUUUCUCCACGGUGCUGCAGUUCCAAUUGUAUCGAAGAAUGUGUCUUGUCGCUGGCCAGUAUGUGCCCAACGAUCCGCGUAAGCCGCUGCACAAGUGCGACAUCUAUCGGCAGCCAGCCGCAGGCAAUCUGUUAAAACAACUGAUGGCCAAGGGCGCAUCCCAGCCCUGGCAGGAGGUGCUGGAGGAGACCUUGGGCGAGGGUCGGCUCGAUGGCAGCGCUCUGCGUGAGUACUUUGCCCCGUUAGAGGAAUGGCUGCGUCAGGAAUCGCUGCGCACCAACGAGUAUGUGGGCUGGAAUUACGAUGGGGACUACUGUAAGCGAAGCAUCGAGACAGCCGGCCUGCAGAUCUUUGGGGGCUACUACAACGGCGUCUCCAGGCCGCUGACGAACCUACUGCUGCUCACGCUCAGCGCCUGGCUGAGCUAUCUAACUAUCUAAAAGCUGGCAUAUUCUAUAAAAUCAAUAUAUGUAUAUAUAUAUUUAUAUAUAUUUAUGUGUGUAUAUUAACUUCCGCUUUAAUUCGAGUCAAGUUGAACUUGAAUCAAUGCCAAAAACAAUUUGAAAAUAAAAUCUAAUCAAAUGCAUAAA